AUGGAAGUCAAAACAUUUAGCAAAACCAGUAGGACUCCAGAAACGGUAUCCACAUUAACUAAUGAAGAAUUUGUCCUGGUUCAUCAGCAAUCUGAAGACACCUCUGGAAAAGAUGAAAAACCUCAGUUGAAGGUAUUUUCAAAUGGAGAUGAUCAGCUGGAGAAGGCAAUGGAAGAGAUACUGAGAGAUUCUGAAAAAGACCAGAACGAUUUCACUGUUCUCCAAGAAGGUUCCAGUGAUGCCUGCAGCCAGGCAGCUGGAGAUAGAUCAGCAGGUCAAACAUAUCAGCCAUCUUUGCACCUUGUUUUAGACCCUUCUACUACAGAAAUCUCUGCACCAAAGCCAUCUUCUCCCAGUGAACCCUUGGAAGAGGACAGCGUAUUGUUUAACAAACUGACUUAUUUAGGUUGCACAAAGGUGUCUGCCCCUCGAAAUGAACCGGAAGCUCUACAUGCCAUGGCAAACAUGAAAUCCUCAAGUCAAGCCCCUUUACCUGUGACUCUUUAUGUUCCAAACAUUCCAGAAGGCUCUGUAAGAAUAAUAAAUCAAUCAAGCAAUGUGGAGAUAGCCUCUUUCCCAAUCUAUAAGGUGUUGUUUUGUGUGCGUGGACAAAAUGGGACUUCAGAGAGUGACUGUUUUGCAUUUACUGAAAGCAGCUGUGGAACUGAAGAGUUCCAGAUUCACGUUUUCUCCUGUGAGAUUAAAGAGGCAGUCAGCCGAAUUUUAUAUAGUUUCUCAACAGCGUUCAAACGUUCUUCCAAACAAGCAUCUGAUCACGUUAAGGACUUUGUUCUUCCUACUCCGGAUAGUGAUGUGUACACUUUCAGUGUUUCCUUAGAAGUCAAAGAAGAUGAUGGAAAAGGGAAUUUUAGCCCUGUGCCAAAGGAUAGAGAGAAAUUAUAUUUCAAGCUUAAACAGGGAAUUGAAAAGAAAGUGGUGAUUACAGUUCAGCAACUCUCAAACAAAGAACUGGCCAUUGAAAGAUGCUUUGGGAUGCUACUGAGCCCUGGACGAAACGUGAAGAACAGCGACAUGCAUCUGCUAGACAUGGAAUCCAUGGGAAAGAGAUCUGAUGGGAAGGCUUAUGUGAUUACUGGAAUGUGGAAUCCUAACGCACCCAUGUUCCUAGUGCUUAAUGAGGAAACUCCUAAAGAUAAGCGUGUAUUCAUGACUGUGGCAGUGGAUAUGGUUGUUACUGAAGUAGUAGAGCCAGUCCGGUUUUUGCUGGAGACUGUUGUGCGUGUGUACCCUGCCAGUGAACGCUUCUGGUACUUCAGCAGAAAAACCUUCACGGAAACUUUUUAUAUGAAGCUAAAGCAGUCUGAAGGAAAAAGCCACACAAGUGCUGGGGAUGCAAUUUAUGAAGUUGUCAGUCUACAAAGAGAAUCUGCAAGAGAAGAAGAAUUGGUCAGCCCAACGAGUGGAGGAGGGCCUAUGUCCUCAUCCCAGGAGGAUGAGGCAGAAGAAGAGAGUGAUAAUGAACUCUCCAGUGGCACUGGUGAUGUGUCAAAGGAUUGUCCUGAGAAGAUUUUGUAUUCCUGGGGAGAAUUACUGGGGAGAUGGCACAACAAUCUUGUUGUGAGACCAAAUGGAUUAUCUACCCUGGUGAAAAGUGGUGUUCCAGAAGCACUAAGGGCAGAGGUUUGGCAGUUGCUGGCAGGAUGCCAUGAUAGCCAGGCAAUGCUGGAUAAGUACAGAGUUCUUAUCACAAUGGAUUCUGCUCAAGAGAGUGUCAUUACACGAGAUAUUCAUCGUACAUUUCCAGCACAUGAUUAUUUCAAAGAUACAGAAGGAGACGGUCAGGAAUCUCUAUACAAAAUCUGUAAGGCAUACUCUGUCUAUGAUGAAGACAUUGGCUAUUGCCAGGGACAGUCUUUCCUUGCAGCUGUGCUUCUACUUCAUAUGCCGGAGGAGCAGGCAUUCUGUGUAUUUGUGAAAAUAAUGUAUGACUAUGGCUUGAGGGAACUCUACAGAAAUAACUUUGAAGAUCUCCAUUGCAAAUUUUUCCAGCUGGAGAAGUUAAUGCAGGAGCAGUUACCAGACUUGUAUAGCCAUUUCUCAGACCUCAAUUUGGAAGCUCAUAUGUAUGCAUCCCAGUGGUUCCUCACUCUUUUUACUGCCAAGUUUCCACUCUGCAUGGUCUUCCACAUCAUUGACUUACUACUUUGUGAGGGUAUGAACAUAAUCUUCCACGUAGCCUUGGCUCUCUUAAAGACCUCAAAAGAGGACCUUCUACAAGCUGAUUUUGAAGGAGCUUUAAAGUUCUUCAGGGUUCAGUUGCCCAAGAGGUACAGAGCUGAAGAGAACGCCAGAAGACUGAUGGAACAAGCUUGCAACAUUAAGGUGCCAACAAAGAAGCUGAAGAAAUAUGAGAGAGAGUACCAAACCAUGCGAGAGAGUCAGCUGCAGCAGGAAGAUCCUAUGGACAGAUACAAGAGGGAGAACCGCAGGCUCCAAGAAGCAAGCAUGCGGCUGGAGCAGGAGAACGAUGACCUUGCCCAUGAGCUUGUAACAAGCAAAAUUGCCUUACGGAAUGACCUGGACCAGGCUGAAGACAAAGCGGAUGUUUUGAACAAGGAACUUCUCCUGACCAAACAGAAGCUAGUAGAGACUGAAGAAGAGAAACGGAAGCAGGAAGAGGAAACUGCUCAGCUGAAGGAAGUCUUCAGGAAGCAGCUAGAGAAGGCAGAAUCUGAGAUCAAGAAAACCACAGCCAUUAUUGCAGAGUAUAAACAGAUUUGUUCCCAGCUGAGUACCAGGCUGGAAAAACAACAAGCAGCCAGUAAAGAUGAACUGGAAGUUGUGAAGGGUAAAGUGAUGGCCUGCAAACACUGCAGUGAGAUUUUCAGUAAGGAGGGGGCACUGAAGCUGCCUGCUGUAAGCAUGGAGAAUAAAGGCAUAGAAACAGAUGAUGAGAAGGAUGCACUGAAGAAGCAGCUGAGAGAGAUGGAGCUGGAGCUUGCACAGACCAAACUGCAGCUUGUGGAAGCCAAGUGCAAAAUUCAGGAGCUGGAGCACCAGAGAGGAGCCCUUAUGAAUGAAAUCCAAGCUGCCAAAAACUCUUGGUUUAGCAAAACCCUGAACUCUAUCAAAACGGCCACAGGCACACAGCCACCGCAGCAGCCUCAGCCACCCCUGCCACCCAAAGAGGGCAGUACAUAGUUCCGGCCAGACCCGAUACAAGAGCACAAAGAACAACACAACUGAAACCCUGGAGGAUUCUUCCAGUGGUCUCUCCUCUUGGGGAAAGGACAAAAGGCAGGAGUGCAGGCUUGAAGUGAAAUUCUUCGGUGUUUUUCAUUCAUUCUGAUGUGACCCUUUUCAAAGGGGAAAAAAUAAUUCCUGUUUUCUGUUGAAUUCUUACUUCCCAAACUGCCUUGCUGAAAGCCACGUUCUGAUACCUUCAUACUUUUACACUUUGUUUUAUAUGACUAGAUGUUAAAUAAAUACUUC